AUGGCAAACCUGCAGAAUUCUCCCUUGGAUCACUCAAUCCUCAUCUGUGUGAGCACUCUGCUGUUGUCAAUUGUGUUUGGAUCAUGUGCUAGUGAUCACACAUUGAGCAGCAGGACUGUUGCCUUAUUCACUUUUGGUGACUCAACUGUAGAUCCUGGAAACAACAAUUACAUCAAAACCAUUCCUGAGAACCAAGCACAUUACAAGCCGUACGGGCAGAACGGCUUCUUCCAACACCCCACGGGACGCUUUUCUGAUGGUCGUAUCAUCGUAGAUUACAUAGCGGACUAUGCAAAGCUGCCACUGAUCCCUCCAUUUUUACAACCUUCUGCUGAUUACACAAAUGGUGUCAACUUUGCAUCUGCUGGGGCUGGCGUCCUUUCUGAAACCAAUCAAGGAUUGGUGAUUGAUCUUCAGACACAAUUGAAAAACUUUGAAGAGGUGCAGAAAUCACUAACAGAAAAGUUUGGAGAAGUGAAAGCAAAGGAAGUGAUAUCAGAAGCAGUUUAUUUCAUUAGUAUUGGGAGCAAUGAUUACAUGGGUGGUUAUUUGGCCAACCCAAAAAUGCAAGAACAAUAUAACCCUGAACAAUAUGUGGGGAUGGUCAUUGGAAACUUGACACAGGCAAUCCAAGUGUUGUAUGGCAAAGGGGCUAGAAAAUUUGCUUUCCUAAGGUUGUGUCCACUUGGAUGCUUGCCUGCCUUUAGAGCUCUGAACCACAAAGCCAGUGGAGGGGGUUGCUUUGAAGCAGCUUCUGCCCUUGCUCUAGCACAUAACAAUGCUUUAAAAACUGUGCUCACAAGCCUUGAAUAUAUGCUCAAACAGUUCAAGUACAGCACCUCCAAUUUUUAUGAUUGGCUCCAGGACAGAAUAGAUAAUCCCUACAAACAUGGUUACAAGGAUGGAGUGAAUGCUUGCUGUGGGACUGGACCCUAUGGGGGCAUCUUCACCUGUGGAGGCACAAAGGAAGUUAAAGAUUACCAAUUAUGUGAAAAUGCUGAUGAUUAUGUAUGGUGGGAUUCUUUUCACCCCACUGAGAGGAUCCAUGAGCAGCUUGCAAAGGCUCUCUGGAAUGGGGCCUCUUCUUCUGUAGGGCCAUACAACCUAGAAGAGCUCUUCUCAGUUGAUGAGGAGAAGCUCACUAUUGGCUAUAUGGUUGAUGACCCAGAAGCACAAGAUCACUUUUCACUUCUAAAAUAG